AUGGGUAGAACUGACGACAACGAGACAUUGCGUCGACGUGGACGCGCUCGGCCUCGUCCACGUACACCCAAUUCCAUUGCAAGUAUGUACGCGCCUGCAGAUUCAGUUGAUAGUAACAACAACCACAGCAAUACUAGCAGCCAUCAAACGUCAUCGAAGAUGAAAAUGGCAUCGCUCAUGGCUGUCGUGGACGAUGCUGACGAGAGCAAGAGCAUGCGAGUGAAGGUCGAUGAGAAUGAUGGCUGGGUAUCUAGAAACGUACCAAUUAGCAUCAGUAGUCUCACUACAAGCAAUGAAUCAAUGGACGAGCACAUUACAGCAACAUCUGCAGCCUCAUCGCUGUUUCAGAACGAGAUGCCGACGAUUAUUCAAAGCUUUAGUGAAGAAAGACGACGUGAAAGCACUUCUGCACGGUCUAAAGUCAAUCGAGAGAGUAAGAAUGGAGCUGUUCAUGGUGAUGGGACUCCAACAGCUACUCGUUCCGUGUAUGACUUUUACUUCCCAUCUGAAAAAAUGGAAGCAAGUGGAGGGUCUUCUAGUGCUGGGAAUCGAUCGUUAAAGAGGAAAAGACGAAGCGGACGACGAUCAGAUGAUUUGGCGGCAAAGGAGCUGGAUCUAUUGAGAUUUGGAGUCGAUGCAGCUAAGCUUGUGCCGCAAGGACUUGUCGACCGCGUGGACGUUCAUAUGAGCCACGCGGUGCUGGUCAAAGUCGUGAAUAGCCACAUUACUAAUUGGUGCAAUCGUUCGGGCUUUGCUCCGAACUUCUUGCAAGAAAUUACGACGCUAUUGGCAGCGUACUAUCCUUGUAAUUACUCGACACUGUUAGAUGAAGUACUGGCGGGAUUCUUGCUCAAAAAACCGGAGUUUGUGGGCUUGUUACUGCCUGCAAUGCUUGAGAAAAUGGGCAAAGCCGGCGACUCUGUCUCGACGACCAAGUAUCCGGUUGUAGACGCCUUGGUGCGUAUGUGCGGCGUGAGAAUGGGACCAAACGGGAGGGAUUGUCAUGAUUUAGUGUGCUGGUCGUUGUUGCGCUGUCUACUAGAGCACAAUGGUGAUAAGUUUGUCCUCAGUCCGUGGAUCGCAGCGUGUGCAAUCGAGUCUAGUGAUAGUGUCCUACACAACUUGUGGAGAGCACUGCUGUAUCGUACGUUAAGUGGUGAAGAGAAAGUAUCGCAAGAUGAGGAUGACCACGACUGGCAAAUCGGAGACUCAGCGCAGCAGAUCGCGGAGCUACUGGCGGAAGAAGGCAAGCUGCGCAUGUGUCGGAUUACGUGUGGAUUUGUAAAGCUACUCUUAGCCGACGACGACUUGAAGAAGCAGCUCGUGAAUUCACGGUCUUAUCUGAUCCCGGACUGCCUAGAGCGGGCGUUCAAAUAUGCUAGUCCAAGUUGGAGCUCGUCGUUAAUGACAGAGUGGCUAGAACGGCGACGGAAGCAGCAACCAGAUGGAGAAGAUGUUGCUGGGUUAUUUACAGAGUUGGUAGACUUCUUGGUUUGCUCCACAUCGAAGUUGAGUGUGAAAAAGCCGGAAUGGUUUGUCAAACACAUUUUGAGCUUCGUCCUGUCUUCUCAACUUCAUGUAGCAGAGCAGGAAUCGGCACUGCGCGCAAUCCUCUAUAACUACAUGCCCUUCGUGCUUGGUGGAGUCGACUAUCAGUGGCUAGAACAAAUGAGCACACAGAACGGUUUUCGUGAAUCAACGAUUGCCACUACUAGCGUGCCAACAGAAGGUCUCGAUGGAGUGAGAAGCCAGUCUGUCCAUUUUGUGCGAAGCAAGAUAGAGCUUCUUGUUGGCCUCCUGGUAGCUGUCAGUGCUCGUACAAGUGCUUUAUUCCUCGACAUUUGGUCUGAAGUGUGGGCAGAUAAACGGACAACACUUCCCUGGGAGUACGUUCACGCGCUUCUUUGCGUGUCCAUCCAAGAUAUAGCUGAGGACCAAAGUGUACUUGUCCAGAAGCUUCAGAGCUUUACGACUCGAGUUUGCCGGUCUUACUAUCGGCGCCUGAGUUGCCAUCUUAGCAAGGAGGAUACGUAUAGCGAAGUUGCCAUGAAGUUCUCGGAGGCAUUAAACCUGCUACUUCCAUCUACGCGCCCGGUCGCAGGUAUUCUGCUGCAAGAAGUUUUGGGAGCCCUCGUGCGCUUCGAGGAGAAUCACUUUUCCGUAGCGUCCGCAAUUUUCGGCAAUGCCAUCAUACUACACCUUGGAAGUUGUGAUGACGGUGACGUGGAUAUCAGCGUCAAGCGAAGCGUUGUACAAAAGUCGCAUGUAGAAUAUGGCCGAUUUUCCAAUCCUCUUACCUUAUCCAACUCAACAAUCGUGACCGUUCACAUAAUGACGAUGCUCAAGACACUGGCUUCGACGAAGAAUGAAACGGGAGAGUUUACUAGGCGUGUGCUUUCAACAGGACGUGUGGUGCGGCUGUUAUCAGGCUUGCUGAAUUUUGGUCGUCGAAGUCGGAGACAGGCGAUGCUUUUGGACGUUAUGGAUGCUGUGGUCAUGAGCAACACGUCGGAAAUACUAAACAGAGACUGGGCUCGCCAGAAUGUUGUUCAGGAGCUCGUGCAUUGCGCGUACACGGGCCCGUCCAGCUCAGCAAACAGAGCGAUCACGGUGGUACAAAACAUCUUCCGGCACACCACAAGCGACGUCCAGGCCUUGUUAUGGGUAGUUCUUCAGCAGUGUACAAAGCUUUGCUGUGGACGCGGGAAGAUUACGUAUCGUGAUACGCCAGCCUGUUCGCCUGAUUACUAUCAGGGAAGAGCUGAUGCUUUCGCGGAGCUAGUGAAGGCUAUGGUGGUCACAGUACCCAAUAACCUUUUGCGUGAUGUGCUGCGUUUCAUGGAACAAAAAAUCGCUUCGUGCUCAGUAGGAAAGACGCGGAUGAACUUGUUUCUACUGCUACUACUCCGGAAGCUUGUCGUCUGUGAGCUUCCGUGUGGUGUGCUUCUACCAGUUGUGCAACUAGCUGUUUGCCCGCUGGCACCCACAGACCUGGAUCAAACUCGCUUGAUACAGCUGCAGUUGCUAAAGGCAUUGUGCACCCGUCUGAUAGCUAUUCGUCAUCGUUCGGUGGCGUCAAAGGUGUUCAGUAUAGACGCCGACUGGAAGGGAUACGAGGAUCUGGUAUGCAACGAUCGAUUACAAUCAGACUUGCGAUCGAUGGUGAAGGUGACACCGCUACCUGUUGGCGGCGUGUCUUUUCAGGUGGAACGCACUACAUGUAAUCGUGCCUUUGAAGUGUUGGCUCAGGGUAUUUUGGCUUUUACUCGCCAGUUGAAACACCAAAGCACCGUAGAUGAAGACGGAGCUCGAAGGAAAAUACUGAAGAGAAGCAGAUUGAAAUGA